AUGGGGAGCCUACAGUUGAGCCUUGUGGUCUUUGUCUUGCUCUCCUGUGUUCUACCAGUUAGAAGUGGAAUGAAUAUGUACAUAAGACGAAUGUUCCAAACCUGCUGGCUAUCCCGUGGCGUUUGCAAGAAUGAGUGUACCGGAGAAGAAUUUUUUCACAUUCUUUGCGGUACCCAGUCCUUGUGCUGUAUACUCAAAAAGGACAUGCCCACUCUCUUCGUGAAGUAG